UUAUUACCACCCAAUAAUACUAGUAUCGCAUUGCUUCCUGAACACAAACUGUGAAUCCAAACCGUUGUGAAUAUUGAUCGCAUGUCUCCCGGGCUGAGCGUUAAAUGUUAAAAUCGAUCGAAAAUUGUUUAACUAUGCAGAUCAUGUGUGCAAAAGUCCCCCCAAAAAUGCCAAUUUACCAAACUUUGAUUUGCUGUGACGGUUGUUUCUGGUUUUGCGCGUGAAUUGUGCUUGUAGUAUUGAAGCAUAGGCUAGUGACAAGAAAAGCUCCCCGGGGGCUCAUAAAUUUGAACGGACAUUGUGCUCCGAUCCAGCGCGUGAUCGAAGGUGGUAACGACUUGCUGCAGUGGGCCGUGUUGUCAAUGUACCUUGAAUUCGCAAAUAUCAAUUAUUGGAGUCCUUCUAUGUUGAAAUGUGUGGUGUUCGGUUGUUUUGUACCUAUUCAAUUGCAUUUAUUAUAAUUGAGGUCUCGCCGGAACGCGAUGGAGUGAGUUUUGAUUGAUGUUGAGCGAGAUAUCGGCUCGAAUUGAAUGCAUUGUUUGGAAAAUUCCGUUGGAUGCCAGCUGGAUUUGGUGCUAGAUUAAUAGUGAUCGAUAGAGAUUAAGUGCAAAAGACUCGCGAAUGGUUGUGAUUUCUACUGAAUUUAUUUAAGUUACUGACAAAAACUGGAUGUUCGAUUGAACAGAUGUAAUUCAACUAUCCAUCAACAAUGCACGGAGGAUACGAUCCAGACAAGAAUGAUACCGCGUCGCUGAGAGAGAAGGUCAAGCUAUCCAAAGGGGAAAAAUGGCGUAUCCUCAAGAACAUCACAACCGUUUCGUUCGCGUUCAUGGUGCAGUUCACGGCUUUCCAGGGAACAGCUAACCUCCAAUCGUCAAUCAACGCCAAGGAUGGCCUGGGUACCGUUUCGUUGAGUGCUAUAUACGCCGCUCUGGUGGUGUCCUGCAUUUUCCUGCCAACGCUAGUGAUUAGGAAGCUAACGGCAAAAUGGACACUUUGUGUGAGCAUGCUGUGCUACGCGCCAUAUAUCGCCGCCCAGUUUUAUCCCACGUUCUACACGUUGGUUCCGGCAGGUAUUCUAGCUGGUCUGGGUGCCGCCCCUAUGUGGGCCAGUAAGGCGACAUAUUUGACUCAACUUGGACAGGUGUAUGCCAAGAUUACCGAGCAGUCGGUAGAGGCCAUCAUUGUACGAUUCUUCGGGUUCUUCUUCCUGGCUUGGCAAACCGCCGAGCUGUGGGGAAAUCUGAUCUCUAGUUUAGUUCUUUCCAGUGGAGCACAUGGAGGCACCAGUGUACACGAUGACAACGAUACGUUCACCGAUUCAGCCUUGGAUAAAUGCGGUGCUAAUUUCUGCGUUGUUGAAACCACAGACAAUGCAAACCUUCAGCGACCUCCAGAUUCGGAAAUAUAUGAGAUCUCUGCAAUAUAUCUCUCGUGUAUUGUUUCGGCUGUCAUUGUUAUCGCUCUGUUUAUGGAUCCACUCUCCAGAUACGGCGAAAAGCGACGAGGAUCAAUCUCGGCGGUUGAAGUAUCUGGUAUCCAGCUGCUAGCGGCUACCUUCAAACAAUUGAAAAAAUUCAACCAGCAGAUGUUGAUUCUGAUCACAGUCUUCAUCGGUAUGGAGCAGGCCUUUAUUGGAGCCGAAUUCACGCAGGCGUACGUAUCGUGCGCACUCGGAAUUCACCAGAUCGGUUAUGUGAUGAUCUGUUUCGGUGUAGUUAACGCAAUCUGUUCGAUUAUUUUCGGUUCGAUCAUGAAAUACAUCGGUCGUAUUCCGAUUAUAUUGCUCGGUUUCAUGGUUCACGGUGGAGUCAUUAUCUAUUGUCUAUUCUGGAAACCUCAUCCAGAUCAUCCGUUAGUUUUCUACGGCAUUUCUGGGCUCUGGGGUGUUGGGGAUGCUGUUUGGCAAACACAAAUCAACGGUAUUUACGGAGCGCUGUUCCGGCGGAACAAGGAAGCCGCAUUCUCUAACUACCGCUUGUGGGAAUCAGCCGGUUUCGUUAUUGCCUACGCGUAUUCUACUACGUUGUGUGCGCGCAUGAAGUUGUACAUCCUUUUUGCGAUCUUGGCACUUGGAAUGGUAGGCUACGCCAUUGUGGAAAUUCGACAGGCCUCUAAGGAACGCCGACUCAAGAAACUGGACGAUACGCCCAAGCAGCAGCACACUCCAGCGGACCGCAAGGAAAUCGAGGAGGACGACGAGAAGGACGAGCUGGAGGAGGAUAUUGUCGUUACCCACCUGUAACAUGGUACUGCGCCCGAAUACCACAGUUCGUGUGGUGGUUGAAUGCUUCCGUUGAAGCAUUGUAAAAUGAUUCCUAUUUAGAGUUUACUUAAUAAUUAUUUAAUAUCUAAAAUGAUGAGAUGCAUCGAACAAUAUUAGCAAAUUUGCUUGAAUAGUAGUGUGGUAGUAGAGAGAGAGAGAGUGAGAGCCAUCUUUCAUUUGCAAUAGAAGUGUAAUCAGAUCGCGCGCAUAAGAAUUUACUUAUUCUCAGAAACGAACCGUUGAUCAACAUCAAUCUUCGACAAAUUGUUUUAAUUUUCAUCUCAAUCAGCAUCGUACAAUGCACUGUCACCAUUGAAAAAAAAACCUUAGAACCUCUGCAGUUGUACAUUGGUAAUUUAUCAAAUGGCACAAUCAUUCAGAUAAAACAGGAAUUACCAUGUUUCAGAAACCAUAAAAGAUCUCAUCCCUCGUAAACGCACAUUUUAGACGUUACUACACACUGUGGCACUGAAUCCAAGAAAAUGUGAGUCCAGAAUGCCAGCGAUGUUAUUAAUAGGAAUAAUGUAAAUAUAGUGAUACUCUUUGCAACCACAAAGUGUCGUUAUUCCUUUUGAAUAAUUUCUGGUACGCUUCGAUGGGCUCUUCACAUUUUUCCCAGAAGAAAUUCUCAUCGACACCCAAACGUUAAAUAUGAUUAAGAGCAAUAAAAAAAACGAGAUAUAUUAAUUUUUCAAUGGGUGUUGAACAGGUUUUUUGUUUGGCUUAAACACAAUUUGGAACCUUUCAACAUCUUUCGAGAAAAUUUAUCAUUAUUUCACCGUUUUAUCAACAUACUUCAUCAGAAAUGUUUUCCAUAAGAAGAUGUUUAGAUUGUUGUUUUCUACCAAAGUACAAACGAUGUUCAUACUUUAUCAGUUUGCAUUCACGUUCCAAAACAUAAAGCAUUUGAUUUAUCCCCAACAUCAUUAACGAUAGCGAUCCAGAAAAUUAGAAAUAGUACUGCCAGUUCGAGAAGAAGGUGUGCUGAUCAUUACCACGACGAUCGCAUAUUAGUUCAGACGAAGACAUAUGGCUCAUCAUGGGACCCAGAAAAGGAAACAUUUGAUUAAGAUUAAUGUUCUUACUGGUUUCCUUUGGAAUCUUGGAAAGAAAUCAAAUUAUUACAUAAAUAAAUUAUAAGCACCUAGGCAGCAAAUUGUAGAAGAAGUAGGGUAAAUUAAUACGUAGUGAAGAAAAAUAAAUAUUGUGAUGCUUAAAAUUAUUGAGGGAGUCCAUGUUCAAUAGAAAAAGGAGGAACUCCAAGGAGGUGGUUGUUUACUUUCCUCACAAAGCUGCAGUCAAUAUAACCGCCACCUAAGGGGUUACAGAACCAAUCUUAAUUAAACGAUCCAAUCUUGACCGUAAGAGUUCUAUUGCAGAGAUACGAUUCAAGCCAUUGAACUUUUUCCAGACGAGAGCGGCUAGAUAUG